AUGAAAGUCUCUACUCAAGUCCUAGCUACAAGCGCUAUUGCAUUCACUGCCACCGCUCUGGCAAUGCCAUCGAUGUCCAAGAGAGUUAUCGAUGGAACCAAAGUUAUCGGUUGUUUCGCGAGUGCCUUCAUGAAGGGUGAAGAUGCUUGGACCCCAGAAUGCGCUGCAGCUGCCGCGACUGAUUUCGGCUUUGUCCGAGAGUUUAGCCUUGGCGAGUUCGAUAUCGAUUUCACAAGCUCUGAGCCAUUGUCUAUGCCUGUGGCCUUACCAAAUCUGAAGGUGAAAUUGGCCUCGUUCCCUGGAAUCAGUUGGCCUAUAAGCAAGAUUGCUGCUCAUCAAAAUAUCAUUGACAAUGGUGUCGCAGUCGGUAGGUUAGAGUUUCCAAGCGUCUCUGCCGAGGUCCAAGGUAGCACUCUCAUGGUCCCGGUUGCGAAGACUUCUUUAAACGUUAUACCAGGACAUGAGGAUGGAUUCAUCAACUUUAUCGCGAAUCUGAUAACCAAACCCUCACAUACAUUUGCCGUUGGUGGGAACACUGAUGUUUGGUUCAAGCUUCCUAGCCUUUCAGAGAACAGUGCUUCAAGUGGUGCUGAUUCCUCCAAGACUCUAACCGUUACUAACGUCGGCCUCUCAGGCCCCGUCACUAUACGAGGUUUGAAUAACUUCCCAGAGAUGGAGUAUGUGGAGCUAGUGAGUCUCACCAAGGAUGCUGACUCGGACGUCACCACAGCGGAAACCAUGAUUAAUAUCCAUAACCCUUCGGAGCUUAGCAUGAAGUUGGGGGACCUUGUGUUCAACAUGCUCAACGAUAUUGGAGACUUGGUGGGAGUUGUAAAAAUCCCAAACCUACACUUGGCCAUUGGUGACAAUGUUGUGCCUGCUACUGUCACAUUCAGUGAUCUCGAUGUCUACGAUACCUUAACAGCCAAGAGCAAUACAUUCACAAUUGUGGGGUUUGAAGGCUCUUCCAAGCAUUUUGUCGCGACCAAGGCAUUGUGUUCAUUUAGGUCCCACAUUACGAUCCCCAAACUUGAAACUGCGUAA